AUGGCGGAUGUCCGGUCACUGCUUCGAAAUGAACUAGCUUCGCGCAAGGGCACGUCGCCAAACACUACUGGAAAUCGUGUCACGAAAAAGCGCAAGGUCGACAACAGUGAUGGAGUGAUGCGAAAGAAACUACGUUCUACAAGCUUGGAAUCGGUCACCCAAUCAGAAAUGGUAGCGGAUCCCUCACCUAGGAGUGUCGAUGAGACUGUGACGAGUGAGGUAUUAGAGCCCGUGGAGGAGGAUGGCAUCGCCGGUCCUGAUCUUCCACUGGAAGAAACUGAAGAAGAUGCUGCUUCAGCUUUACAACCAUCGGACAAAGUUACAAUAGCCUCGGUAUCUGCACAAGAAGUUACCGGGGCGGUGGAUGAAGACGAGUGGGCCGCAUUCGAACGCGAGGUAGCUGAACCAAGCCGAAUGCCAGAGGAAUCGGCUGCCGUUGCCGCCGCAGCCACAAUAUCUGCCGCGCCCGUAUCUGCAGAUGAGAUUGCAGCGCAACAGGAAAGAGACACUGCAACCACAUCACGAGCUCGCGAUGCAGAGUUGGAAGGUGUCCGCGAGGACGCAGCGCGGUUCAUGGAAGAGGAAUUUGAUGAAAUGGAUCAACUCGAGGAACGGGUCCGCAGACUCAAACAUAUGCGUGAAGAACUGCGAGAAAAACGUGCUCGCGAUGAGGCUCAGGACCGCCCUAUGGUUUCGGAGGACCCACACGCAGGCGAGAGCGAAAGUGAUGACGAUGAUGAAGAUGAAGAUUGGGAUGAUUGGAGAUUCAAAUGA